AAAUGGACACCAAAUGGCUUUUAUUUCCCAUCAAUGACUCUAUGCAUGAGUGAUGGAAAUGGAAUGAUGCCUUGUUUAGAAACUUCAAAAGUUGUGCAGGUGGCCUCUGAAGUCUUGCAGGAUACGGUAGAGCUUGCGUUUGGAAAGGAAGAAGGAAACUGGGAAUUUUUGAAAGUUAAAAACAAUAUUAGAAUAUGCAGAAAGAAGACAGGGUCUUUGCAUACCUUUCGUGGAGUUGGCAAAGUUUCGUAUCCACUUGAACAGAUUCUUCCAGUAGCAACUUGCGUGGAGAGGUACUUUUCCUUCUUUUUUUUAACUUGUGAAUGUUUUAUUUUCCAUAGUCGUCCUUCUUGGGAUCCUUUAUGCAAAGAAGGAAAGCUCAUUCGCAAAAUUGACAACACAUAUUCCCUCGUUUGGUGGUCUUUUCAUGGCGUUCUUGUAAUUUCAGAUAGAGAUUUCUGUCUCGCACUAGCAGUGAAAGAAAUCUCUGAGGACGGAACUGUCUGCAUCUCUACUAGGUCUGUAGAGGAUGCUUCUUGUCCGUCCUUUUCAGGUUAUGUUCGAGGUUAUGCCAAUGUAGCUGGAAUCUUAUUGAAGCCUUGUGAAAAUUCGCAAGAUACACUUGUGACUUAUAUUGGCAACGUUGAUCCAAAGGGAAUGCUUCCUCAUUGGGCAGUUAACAUUGGAGGAGAGAAAGGUGCAAUGUGCAUUCACUAUCUACAGUGUUAUCUUGAGCAACAUGCUGCUUCCACUGGAUGAAGUUGGUUUUUUGUUUCUAGUUGCAAUCCUUUUAGC